AUGGACACCCUCCCCCUAGAGACUCUCCAGCGUAUCUUUCAGCUCGCGUGCACCGACGGAGGACGUACGGGGAACUCCCUCUCCCUCGUGUCCAGAGGCAUCCACUCAGCUGCACGCACGACCCGCUUCCAUUCCAUCGCCCUUAUCGCGAGCCCCCGCCGCCUUCAGUCAUUCCUCAACCUUUACGAGCGCGAAUGCGACCCUAGGUGCGGUGACAAACCCCGCAUACAACACCUGCACGUGGCAUUUCCCUGCAUCGAGCUCGGACCGGUCGUGCAUGUCGUGGACGGCGCCGACAUGUUCUGGCCUCUGGCGCACUCGCGCUCGCUCGAACAGGCCCCAAGCCCCCUGGCCCAAAGCAACUUGAAAACGCUCUCUGCCCGGGCGGCUGUAGCGGCUGAAGACGCUUUUGAGGACGCUGCGGGCACAUCUACCGCGAGGGCGCUGGAGGCCGCCCCGAAGCGCAAUGCGACCCGUCCUAGUAUAUGGACCAGAUCUCUGCUAGCUGUCCGUCGCUACCGUCUCGCGGCCCUGGAACGCUUGACCGGCCGUCAUCGCACCGGCUGCGAGUCCGAACACCGGCCCACCCUCCCGAAACACCCAGGCCAAACCACCUACGAGACAUACCGCGACGCAGCGCAGACCCUGAUUCGAUUGGUUGCGCCAGACCUGGUGACCCUGGCCGUACAGUACGGGUUCAGUUACGGAGGCCAGAUUUUUCUCCCCAUCGUCGAUCGUCCAUUUCCCCGCCUACUAGAAGCGACUUUCGUAGGAGUGGUGGACCCUCGCACGCUUCUCACCCACCCCGAUAGCGAGGCGACCACGCCAUUAUUCCCAACGCUGACGCAUCUGUACAUCGUUCCUGCAUAUGCGGGCGGAACCCCUGGACAAGUUUGCCUCCCGUUCUGGACCACCCAUGCGCCUGGCGUUACGCAUCUGGGCGUAUCGCGCGCGGAGGACUUCAUCUACGAUAUCGCCAACGCGAUGGGGCUGCGUGUACCGCGCGAAUACCCGUACUAUCUAUUCAACGGUCUCGCUCAGGCUGGCGAUUCGGACUCCAAUUAUCCGCCGUCACCCCCUCCGACACCGAGAUAUCCGAGCGUGCGCCAUCUGGUGUUGCAGCCUGGCCGGGGUCCCAUCGGGGACUUGUGUGGGAAUGCGUGGAUCGGUCAUGACGCAAGGAUACAGGCGAUGAGGCAGGUGUGCAGUAACUGCGAGGCAAUCGGCGUUGAAGCGUUCCAGGCGGAAGCACCUGUGGAUGGCCAAUUCGUGAACUACUACGAGCGGGCCCGCCGUGGGUGGCUGGAAAGGAUAGACGAUAACAGGGAUCAAGCAGGCGGCUGGCGUGGGUAG